CUGUGGACAACGUCAAUGUGUAGUUCUAAAUUUACUACUCCCUAACAAAGUCAAGCUUUUACCGGAAUUAUGAAAUUCAUAGUAUUGAUUGCUUUGCUUUGCACCGUAUUGGCGGUUAUGUUGUCCUCAGCACAUGCUCAAAUGCCGCAAAGACCACAAAUGCCUGGUGGCGGUAAGAGUCUAACCGGUCGCUUCCGUCGCACGGCACAAGGCGGUGGCGGUGGCGGUGCUGGAGGUGGCGCAGGUGCCGGAAUGGGAUUUGGUAUGGGUGCUAAUAUGGGUGGAGGAGCACAAGGUCAGGGUCAGGGUGGUCAUUAAUGGAGCAUAUAGCUAUAUAUUUUAUGCAAUUUGUAGACAUAUAAAGCAAUAAAACAGAGCAGCGCAGAAACAAUUAAA